UUUCAGUCAUUACGGUAACGCGGUCCUUGGCCUCCCGCCGUUGCCAUGAGCGACGCAAUAGCGGCUCGUGCUCCGUGUGUCCCGAUCAGCUCAAAUCAGCAACGGUCCCGUAAAAUCACGAGAAAUGAGAAAGAUUUUAGUAUUCAGACGGACUUCACGAUGGUUUUACGGAUUUCAGACACAUGAAUGCUGAAGUUUUAACUGCACAGGGAGAGGGUGUGUAAAGUUCUUGACCAAUGAAAAUGCUGGAAUGAGGAAAUAACUUUGAAUAUUCAUUUGGGAAUCCUCCAGUUAUUCUCCAGUGUGAUUGUUGCUUAGAUAACCGAACGCUUGGAGUCUAUGGAACAAUUCCAGGAAUCAUCCUUCCUUUCUGUCUUUCAUUUCUAUGGAGCAGCAAGAAACGAGAUGAGAAAUGUGAAUAUCUUCAUGCGAAAUAUAUCUGAUGAAGGCUAAACCUCAAGAGUUUGUUUAUGGAGGAAGACUGUGGUGGUUCAAUGUGUUCCUUUAUUCUGGAGUUCCUCCUCUCUGUAUGACUCCAUAUCACUGCAGAGAUGCUUCAGACCAAUAACUACUCGCUGGUGUUACUCAUCCAGUUAGCACUGCUAACCUUUGACCUCUUUGUCAACUCCUUCAGUGAACUCUUGCGGGCCGCCCCUGUCAUCCAACUAGUCCUGUUCAUAAUCCAGGACAUCGGUAUCUUGUUUAAUGUCAUCAUCAUUCUUCUGAUGAUGUUUAACACAUACGUGUUCCAGGUGGGGCUCGUGUCACUGUUACUGGAGAGAUUCAGAGCACUGCUUAUACUGUCUGCUCUUUAUCUGACCCUCAGCAUCUGCUUUCACUGCUGGGUCAUGAAUCUGAGGUGGAUGGAUUCGAAUCGCUUCAUGUGGACGGAUGGCCUGCAGGUUCUCUUUGUAUUCCAGAGACUCGCUGCUGUGUUGUAUUAUUACUUCUACAAACGCACAUCUGAAUACCUGGGCGAUCCCAGACUUUACGAGGACUCACCGUGGCUCCGGGAUGCGUUUGCUAGAGCUCGACAGUGAGUGGUCCGUGUGGUUUACAAGAAUACAGAAUAAAAACACUGAAGAGAUCUCAGUGGGAUACAAGAGGAACAUUACUGCUGAUAGAUUCUGGAUGCUGGAUCUUCUGUUGAAAACGAAUGAUUGUUCAUCAGAGAUUUUAAGACAGAUGAAAUGAGGACUCCUGCAAAACUUUAUUGCAAGGAAAGAGACCAAAUAGCGCUCAUGGGACACAAGAUGGAUUGUAUUCUCCAUCUGAAACAAAGAAAAGUGACCAAUUUAUGUCACAGUGAAAACUGAUGGCUGAACAUCUUGAUGAUCUUAAUGCGGUGUAAGGGUAAAAGUUGUGUUUCUGUUUACAGAUCUACUCUGUUCAUCAGGGCUUUUAUAAGUCUUCAUGACAAUCAAAUGAAAAGUGAAAUGUGUCCUUUCCACACCUACCAGCUCCACCAAACUGAAUACAAUGUUGUUUUAUCCAAAUCACUCGCAGUUCAUCUGUUUUAUAAUGUGUAGUGUAUACAGUAAUAGUUUUUUUCAGCUGUGAUUUGAUUGUACAGAUUUUUGUGGAAAUUGAGUUGGAUCGGUUUGAGGAAUCUUUGUUUUCUUGAGUUGGAUUUUUUUGUAAAUACAUUUUUAAAAUAUUGUUUGUAAAAGUUUUUACACAAGGCUCCAUCCCUCACAUGACACUGCAGAGAGGACCGGCAGGUUUAGAGAAUGAAUGAAUGUUUUCACAAAGGUCCAACACAUUCUUCAAACUGUGAAUUCUUUAAAUGUUAGCGAGCGUAAACAAAGUGCCUCACUUUCCCAAACUUUAUGCAAAGAGAUUAAACAUCACAGUUUCUAAUGUAGCAUCAAUGCAGUUUUUCAUAUCACUGCUGACAUUGUAAUAAGACUUUCUUUUCAUUGUACGUCACUCGCUGACUCGUGUGAUGAUGAUGAUGAUGAUAAAGGAAAUUGUCAAGGUACUAUCUUACUGUCUGUGUUUGAGGUUUAUUUCAAGGCUUUAGCUUAGAGAUGGGUGAGGAUCUCCACACAGACAGACUGCUCUAUUCUGAUCUGUGAGGUUAAACUGGGAUUGGGGUAUUACACACCACAAACAACCUGCUGGACAUAAAUAGCACAGCACGCUCCUUUAUCAAAUACAGAGCUAACUUAACGUUUUCAUCAACUUACUUAA